GGCAUUUCUUCGUAUCUGGGGAAGGGAAAACUUUAAUUUGCUCCUUAAGCUGCUCGUACUUGAGUUCACGUCGCUGCAGUAUUUCUGCUAGAAAUAUCGUUGUCCACCCUUGUUGCACAUUCUGUUUCGCUUUAGUGAUGGGCGCAAUGCAGUUCAUGUUUAUACUGAUCGGUUUGGUGAUCUCUGUAUACGCUUCUGAUAACCCAGACCUUCCGCGAUGCGACUAUCCAAGAGGAGUGUGCACCUACACUAAAGAUCCGUGUCCACCGGAUAUACCAUAUGACUGCCGAAACGAGAUGUACUGUCCAUUAGAUACAAACAAAUGCUGCUGCCGAUAUCCAAAACCAAAACCACCUAAAACGCGAUGCGACUGGCCAAUAGGCGUGUGCACUUAUAUUGAUGAUCCGUGUCCACCGGACAUACCACAUGACUGCCGAGACGAGUGGGACUGUCCAUUAAAAACGAACAA